AUGCCUCCGCGCAGGAGGAGCUCCGUGGUCAAGGCCACGCAGGCUGCCCGUUCCACGAUUGACGCCGCGAGAGCAGCAAGCAAAACUCAAGAAUCGCAAUUGCGACGGGUCCCCUCUCCGGUGCGAUUCCUCUUGGUAGUCUUCAACAGCUUGCUCUUGAGCUCCGUUCUCUUCACCAUGACAUCCAGUGUCACUCUGGGCGAGUUGGGCCGUGUGAGCAAGCACCUGGAGGGAUGGUGGGAGGUGGGUGGGUUGAUGCUAUGGAAGGCUGUUGAAGUGGGAUUGGCUUGGAUUCUUGGAUUUGAUGGUAAGCUUUCACCCUGCUUCUAUCGCGAUGAUUAUGUAGAAUUGGGCGCUGACGGUCCUGCGACUCCAGGGCGGGACGUCUUGUCGUUCACUUUUCUCACUCAUCUGCCGACCUACUCUCUAUUGUCGUCCUUCUACGGCAUCCGACCAACCACCAUCCUGGCAUCAUAUGGCAUCACUUUACUUUCCACCGCGAUUCCCUUUAUUCUUCUCCGCCGCCCCUCCUCCGUCCACAGUCUCCCCCACGCCCCGUCGGACGCUGUUCCCAACCGUUCCAUCCUGCAAGAUCGCCCAACGGCUCUCUACACUACCGUCGCAGCAACAGCCAUCUUCUCCGUGGCGCUGUAUUCCAGCUAUGCGUCCUGGCUCCCAGCUUAUCUGGUUGUGCAUUUCGAGAAUAUCCCCGACAUCAGACUCGCUCACGCCGGCCCCGCGGGUCUCCCGAUUCUAUUUCUCACCCUCCUCCCAGCCGGCUGGGCCGCUCGCGAUUUCCUUUUCGUCAGCUCCGCCGGUGCCUCCAACUCCGACGCCACCUUGAAGUUGAGAUCUGCUUCCGAGGGCGAGUACCUUGCAUGUGCGAUUUACCGUAGAACGUGGGGAACAUUGUCCCCGAAGACAAGGGUUCUUGUUUCGCGCACAGCGCUUCUGGCCAGCACGAUUGUGCUCAACACCGUUCUCCAGGUUGCGGGGACGGUUCGAGGGGUUGAUGUCCCUGGCGCGACGAUGUGGGGUUCUAUCUGGGGUGUUGCGACUAUCGCCGUUGGAGGAUUCUUCGGUUGGAUUGAGGCCGUGGACGGUGUAUGA